UUCCCGGUGGGCCGGAUCCACAGACACCUGAAGACUCGCACCACCAGUCAUGGGCGAGUGGGUGCCACCGCUGCCGUCUACAGCGCCGCCAUCCUCGAGUACCUCACUGCUGAGGUGCUGGAGCUGGCGGGGAAUGCUUCGAAGGAUCUCAAAGUCAAGCGGAUCACUCCCCGUCACUUGCAGCUGGCGAUCCGUGGCGAUGAAGAGUUGGAUUCCCUGAUCAAAGCCACCAUUGCCGGUGGAGGUGUUAUCCCCCACAUCCACAAGUCUCUGAUUGGGAAGAAGGGACAACAAAAAACGGCAUAGAGAGGAGGAAAAAAAAAAAAAAAAGCAGCCGUCUCCCUCCCGUCAUCGUACUGUACCUGGGA